CAUACAUAAAACGAUCGUUCUCGCUGGUAACAUAGAAAAAUCACUUGCCACUUCGCUUUCAAAGUUUACAUCGGGAUUUAGGAUAUUCUCCGGAUUAUCGUGGACCUAGGCAGAAAAUAUCAACAACAACGUCAUGAGUUCGAAGAAUAGUUUACUACUUUGGAAAUGCCCAACGAAGUAAUUCAUGGCCAGAAGAAAGAAGGUGCCGUUGUUCAUAUUUCUUCCUAGUGAGAAAGGGAACCAAAGGGGCGUUAUAUCCUUUCGUGAAUGAGCGAUGCAAGUGCUUUAGUAAAUUGCAGUAUAUAGUCCGUGUCUACAUAGUGCCAAAGGCUGCUUCAGUUGUGGGGCUUCAAGAACGAAAAAGUCGAUGCAAUUUUCUGAAUAUUGGGUCAUAUCCAUAGAGUGCGGCAGUUCAACAGAACAAGAAAUUGUGUGAAAACAAAAUGGGGAUACCAGCCAGGACAAUAGACGACUUAGACAAUAAAAGUCUUCAACACAUAUUCUCUUAUUUAAGCCUCGUGGAUAAAUUAAAAAUAUCAUUAAUUCUCGACGACUUCAACGACUUGAUCAAGGAUGCCCUUCGCAAUGAAAUAUUUGACGCGUUUCAAGUUCAAACGACUUUUUCGCUUCCAGAUGCAAAAUGCAUUUUACAUAACUAUGGAAAAUUUUUAAGAAAAUAUCAAUGUGAAACCACUUGUAAAGUCGAUUUUUUGAGCCUAAUAACAGAAUAUUGCACAAACAUGGAAGAAAUUGUUCUUUCAGGAUGUGAAAUCAAAGACAAUGCGCACAGCAAAUUAUUGUACAUUUCCGAAAAUCUUAAAUCUUUAACACUUAGGAAAUGUGUACUCGGAAUUGCUGCCACCUGUCGCCUUGACGAGCUUAGGCAGUUGAAAGUGCUGAAUUUAGAAGAUUGCAGUGUUCAUGGCCAAUAUUUAAGUAGAUUGCGUAAUCUCACUGAGCUUAAUAUAAAGAAUUGCCGAAACAUUAAUGCGAGAGAUUUUAUCGAAAUAUGCAAGUCUAAUAAACUAAAGAAAGUGAAUGCCGAAGGCCUAGAGCAAUUAACAAUCGCAUCCGCAAAAACUCUAGUCGAAACUAGAAAUAUCGUUUGUGGGCAACAAGUAUUGGCCCAAAGAUUCAAGUCGGGCAUAGCAUCGACAACAUCCUGAGAACCAAUCCCGAAGUGCUUGUGAACGAACAACAGGAAUCGCUUGAAUGUGCAGAAAAACCAUUUCUUGGAAAAGGAAUUUCUAAGUCGGAUAUGUGAAUUUGGUAACUUAAAAAGUUUAAGGGGCUAUUCUAGUAUUAAUUUUUUUUCGAUUUCUUCCUCCUUUUGCAUAUUUUUAUAAUGCGUUCAAGAAUAACUGUAAAAUUUUAGAUUGAUAUCUAUUUUCGUUUUAAUUCUAUAAACAUAUUUAUAAGCGCGUGUCGCACAGCUCCGGUACAGUAGAAAUCAAUAAAA